AUGGGCUGCACUGCCAGCAUUGUUCUGCUUCAAGCUUUUCGCUCUGUGGUCCAGAGGAGCUGUCCACACAUUUGUAGACGACGCCAGGAGGAACCAUCCCAUGAAAUUUUGCCUCUGGAAAGUGACAAUGAAAUGAACAGACCCAGAACCCUCAUCAUAAUGCAGGAAAAACCUAGGCUUCUCGAGCCUUUGGAUUAUGAAACUGUCAUUGAAGAACUUGAAAAGACCUAUCGGAAUGAUCCUCUUCAAGAUCUCCUGUUCUUCCCCAGUGACGACUUUUCAACAGCCACAGUGUCUUGGGAUAUCCGAACAUUGUACUCAACAGUACCUGAAGAUGCAGAGCACAAAGCAGAAAAUUUACUGGUGAAAGAGGCUUGUAAAUUUUAUAGUUCCCAGUGGUAUGUGGUAAACUACAAAUAUGAACAAUAUUCUGGAGACAUUCGUCAGUUACCUCGAGCAGAAUACAAACCAGAGAAACUUCCUUCACAUUCCUUUGAGGUUGACCAUGAAGAUGCUGAUAAGGACGAGGACACCACGUCCCACUCAUCCUCCAAGGGCGGUGGGGCAGCAGGAGGGACCGGCGUUUUCAAGUCUGGCUGGCUCUACAAGGGGAAUUUUAACAGCACCGUCAACAAUACCGUUACUGUUCGGUCAUUCAAAAAGCGUUACUUCCAGCUGACACAGUUGCCAGAUAACUCCUAUAUUAUGAAUUUUUACAAAGAUGAAAAAAUAUCCAAAGAACCCAAAGGCUGCAUUUUUUUGGAUUCCUGUACAGGUGUGGUGCAGAAUAACAGACUAAGAAAAUACGCCUUUGAAUUGAAAAUGAAUGACCUGACCUAUUUUGUGCUGGCAGCUGAAACAGAGUCAGAUAUGGACGAAUGGAUCCACACCCUCAACCGCAUCCUGCAGAUCAGUCCUGAGGGGCCCCUGCAGGGGAGGAGGAGCACGGAGCUCACCGACCUGGGGCUGGAUUCGCUGGAUAAUUCUGUACCUUGUGAAUGCACGCCAGAGGAAACAGAUUCUUCAGAGAAUAGCCUGCACCCAGACUUCGCAAAAUACCUCACAGAAACUGAAGAUACUGUAAAAACAACUCGAAACAUGGAAAGGCUAAAUCUGUUCUCACUGGAUCCAGAUAUAGAUACCUUGAAACUUCAAAAAAAGGAUCUUUUAGAACCUGAUUUUGUGAUCAAACCAUUUGAAGAAAAAGCUGCCAAAAGAAUCAUGAUCAUUUGUAAAGCUCUCAACUUAAAUCUUCAGGGAUGUGUUACGGAGAAUGAAAAUGACCCGAUAACAAAUAUUGAGCCUUUUUUUGUGAGUGUAGCACUUUAUGACCUCAGAGACAGUAGGAAGAUAUCUGCCGAUUUUCACGUGGAUCUGAACCACACUGCCGUCAGACAGAUGCUCUCGGGAGCACCCAUGGCUUUGGAAAAUGGCAACAUGGACACUGUCACUCCAAGACAAUCAGAAGAACCUCAUGUCAAGGGGUUUCCAGAGGAAUGGCUAAAAUUUCCAAAGCAGGCUGUAUUUUCUGUAAGCAAUCCACAUUCUGAAAUUGUUCUGGUGGCCAAAAUCGAGAAAGUCCUGAUGGGAAACAUUGCAAGUGGCGCCGAACCUUAUAUUAAGAAUCCAGACUCUAACAAGUACGUACAAAAGAUACUGAAAUCCAACAGGCAGUUCUGCAGUAAAUUGGGGAAAUACCGCAUGCCAUUUGCCUGGGCAGUAAGAUCAGUAUUUAAGGACAACCAGGGAAAUGUGGAUAGAGACUCAAGAUUUUCACCAUUGUAUAGACAAGAAAGUAGCAAGAUUUCAACUGAUGACCUAAUUAAACUAGUGUCAGAUUACAGAAGGGCUGACAGGAUAAGCAAAACGCAGACCAUCCCUGGAAGCCUGGAUAUUGCUGUUGACAACGUUCCUUUGGAGCAUCCAAACUGUGUAACAUCAUCGUUUAUCCCUGUCAAGCCUUUCAACAUGAUGGCUCAACCAGAACCCACAGUAGAGGUGGAAGAAUUUGUUUAUGAUUCAACAAAGUACUGCCGUCCUUACAGAGUAUACAAAAAUCAAAUUUACAUUUACCCCAAACACCUCAAAUAUGAUAGCCAGAAAUGUUUCAACAAGGCACGAAAUAUAACCGUGUGCAUUGAAUUCAAAAAUUCCGAUGGAGAAGGUGCCAAGCCCGUGAAGUGUAUUUAUGGAAAACCUGGAGCGCCCCUCUUUACCUCAGCCGCCUACACAGCCGUUCUGCACCAUUCCCAGAAUCCGGAUUUCUCAGACGAGGUGAAAAUUGAGCUACCAACACAACUCCAUGAGAAACAUCACAUUUUGUUUUCUUUUUAUCACAUCACCUGUGACAUAAAUGCAAAAGCUAAUGCCAAAAAGAAGGAGGCUCUAGAAACAUCAGUUGGAUACGCUUGGCUUCCUCUGAUGAAACAUGAUCAGAUAGCUUCUCAAGAGUAUAAUAUCCCAGUAGCAACAAGUCUGCCUCCAAAUUAUUUAAGCUUUCAAGAUACUGCAAGUGGAAAGCAUGGUGGGAGUGACAUUAAAUGGGUUGAUGGUGGCAAACCGCUUUUCAAAGUAUCCACAUUUGUCGUGUCAACAGUGAAUACUCAGGAUCCACAUGUGAAUGCAUUUUUCCAACAGUGCCAUAAACGAGAAAAAGAUAUGUCUCAGUCACCUACCUCGAAUUUUGUUCGCUCUUGUAAGAAUUUAUUGAAUGUGGAAAAGAUUCAUGCAAUCAUGAGUUUUCUCCCUAUAAUCUUGAAUCAGCUCUUCAAGGUUCUGGUACAGAAUGAGGAAGAUGAAAUAAGUACAGCUGUCACCAGGGUUCUGACUGACAUUGUGGCCAAGUGCCAUGAGGAGCAGCUAGACCACUCCGUCCAGUCCUACAUUAAGUUUGUGUUCAAGACCAGUGCAUGCAAGGAGAGAACUAUACAUGAGGAACUGGCUAAAAAUGUGACUGGUCUUUUGAAAUCAAAUGACUCAACAACAAUAAAGCAUGUCCUAAAG